AUGAUGUUGAAGGUGUGGAACUGGUACCAGAAUUGUCUUUCUGUUCAUCCCGUGAAGACCCAAGUCGCCAGUUCUGCCAUCCUCUGGGGUGUUGGAGACCUCACUGCUCAGUACAUCACUCAUUCAGCUGCAAAAAAACGACUUCAACUUUCUGAUUCAGAUGCUAAGUUUACGAUCAACUGGAACCGCAUGGCUGUUACAAGUAUGUUUGGAUUUGGUUUUGUUGGACCAGUUGGACACUUCUGGUAUGAAGGUUUGGACAAGUUUAUAAGGUUUAAGCUUCAAUUAAUGCCAAAGUCUGUGAGAUCUGUGGCCACUAAAGUGGCAAUGGAUGGCAUAAUUUUUGGUCCCAUCCAUUUGUUUGUCUUCUUUACUUACAUGGGAUUAUGUGCUGGCAAGAAUCUUCCUCAAGUGAAGGAAGACUUGAAGAGGAAUUAUGUCCCAGCCCUGAUUUUAGAAGGUGGCGUGUGGCCAGUAGUGCAGGUUUUUAACUUUAGUUAUGUUCCUGUGAAGUACCAGCUUCUCUAUGUGAACUUGUUCUGCUUGCUGGAUAGUGCUUUUCUGUCAUGGUUGGAGCAACAGAAGGAUGCACCUUGGAAAAAAUGGUUUCCAUCAUCUCAUUCUACGAAUGAAAAGGGAGGUCAAUUCUGA